CAAACAAACUCACUUCACAUUCUUCUUCUUCUUCACUUCUACUUAUAAUAACCAAAACCCUAUUCAUUCACUUCACACAUUUGGUUAUUUCAAAACACUAUGUCUGGAGUUUGGAAGUUUAACCCCAGGAAUGGCGUCAUUCGUCUUGUCGAAAACCCUCAAGCUGAAUCAUCAUCCUCAUCCUCAUCCUCAUCAUCAUCCGGGAAAAGAAAGGUUUUGGUGUAUUUACCAACAGGUGAAGUGGUGUCUUCUUAUUCUUCACUUGAAAAAAUCUUGAAAGGUUUAGGCUGGGAAAGGUAUUAUGGAGGUGACCCUGAUCUCUUCCAGUUCCACAAACACUCUUCCAUUGAUCUCAUCUCUCUUCCUCGUGACUUCUCCAAGUUCAAUUCCACCAGCGUUUACAUGUAUGAUAUUGUCGUCAAGAAUCCCAAUAUCUUCCAUGUUCGCGAUAUGUGAUUUGAUCCAUCACCCACCAGCUCUAUCUAUGUAUGCAUGCAUGCAUUUAAUUCUCAUCUCAUCAUCAUUUACAUUCUAGUGUUUGCAGUGUGAUUUAUAUUUUCUUUUUUGAAUUAUUAGGCAUUAAUUGUAUCGUUGUACGUGUAUUUGUAUUUGUACGCAUGGUUCUUCUAGGGUUGAUCAGGGUUUCUGUAGGCUCCUUGUUUCCUACAAAUAAAAUUGAAA